AUGACGGAAGGGACUUCGCUACCGAUGAUCAACAUGGGGGAUGAAACGGAACGGGUGGCUCAACAAGAAUCUGCCAUCGCCGAGGAGAAUAGAAUUCUCAGGCAACAAAUGAUUGAGAUGUUGCAAGGGUGGUCGAAUGGUCAGCAACCUCCUCAGUCAAUCCCUGGGUUCCCCGACAUCACUUCUGCCACACAGGCAUGCUCACAAGCACCGUUAUCUACUGCGGAAGACCCGGUAUACCCACCUGGGUUCGGUCAUUACACCAAUUUGCCCAAUACGGCGGAAACUUCUGUAGGUCGUCCUUCAAGGGUACCAAUCAGGACCGAUCAUUUCGGGAUUACAACCACUGGGCCUGCCUACACAUGCCCACUGUCUAACCCCAAUCAUGUUGCAAAUGUAAGACCCGUUUACACAAUACCGCCACCUGCGGUUAUGCAAAGGUCAAACCUUGUGCCACCAUCUGACAUCCCUCAAGAGCAGCAUUUUACACCCGAUUUUGCAUUUGGGGCUCCUGAUCCUUAUCAUCAAACUCUACAUUUUAGUCCUCUAAUCGAUUCUGAAGGACCUGCUAAGAAUGCGGUUACGCAUCUUGGCCAUGAAUAUGGAGGUCCUGCUAAGAAUGCGGUUAUGCAUCUUGGCUCUGAGUAUGGAGUUGCUACUAAGAAUGUAGAGCAUGACGAAAUGGUUAGGAAGAUGAAAAGUCUAGAACAAGCUAUGAAGAACUUGCAGGGAUCAGGAAGCUAUAAAAGCGUUUCAUACAGUGAUUUGUGUAUGUUCCCGAGUGUUCACUUACCUCCGGGGUUUAAAACACCGAAGUUUGACAAGUACGAUGGGUACGGUGAUCCCAUAGCUCAUUUGAGGAGAUACUGCAACCAACUGAGAGGAGCUGGGGGUAAUCAGGAUAUGCUCAUGGCUUACUUUGGGGAGAGUCUGACUGGUUUAGCUUCGGAAUGGUUUAUUGAUCAGGACAUUGUGAAAUGGCAUACUUGGGAUGAUAUGGCAAAUGAGUUCGUGCAACAAUUUCAGUACAAUAUUGAUCUGGUUCCUGAUAAAAAGUCUCUAACCAACCUGAAGAAGAAAGUUACCGAAAGUUUUAGGGAGUUUGCGGUUCGUUGGCGUGAACAAGCUGCAAGGGUAAAGCCACCAAUGAGAGAAAGAGAGAUGGUGGAGACUUUUCUCCAAGCACAAGAUGAGACAUAUUAUCAACACAUGAUCCCAGCCGUAGGAAAACCGUUCAUUGAGGCCAUUAAAAUGGGAGAAAUAAUAGAAGAAGGAAUCAAAACAGGACGCAUUGUCGGCUUUGCCGCGUUGAAGGCAACAACCCAAGCCAUUCAAAAUGGUUUAGGGAGUUUUGGUGGAAAGAAGAAAAAGGAAGUCAAGUUGAGGGCAUUAAAUGUUUUAAGCCCAAUUGAAGGAAGGAUCCCAAACCCUCCUCCGAAAAAUCUUGAUUACUCUCAAAGAUGUGCUUAUUGCUCUGAUACCCCGGGACACAAUAUAGAGAAAUGUUGGUAUUUGAAGAAAGCAAUCCAAGAUUUGAUUGAUACACAACAAAUUGUGGUGCAAAAUGCAGAUAUACCGAAUAUCAAUCAAAACCCACUACCAAAUCAUAAAGAAACAAACAUGUUGGAGUUGAUCUAUGGUAGUGAUGGGUCUGAUGUUCCGUACAAGCCUAUCAUGAAGAUUGAAGCAGGCGUGGAGAAAUCAGUAAAUGUGGCAGAUUCCGCAAAAACAGCACCUUUGGGGUUAAAUGAGGUUACAAAGAGACCAAUCCAGUCAGACACGAUGAAACCUUUAUUGAUUGUGAAAGGAGCUCCAGAGAAGGUUGGGACAAGUCAGGGAAAACCAAAGUUGAUCGUGCCAGGGGUGUCGAACAGGCCUAUUUUAACUGUCAAAGGGGCGUUCACCACUCCUAUCAUUAUUAAGCCAGUGACAAAACUUUCAAUAGUUGAUGCUAAGGCGAUUCCCUGGAAUUAUAAUCAGACUAUGGUUACUUACCAAGGGAAGGAAAUCAUCAAAGAAGUAGACGAAGUAGGGGGCCUGACUCGUUCAGGAAGAUGCUUCGCUCCGGAAGAGUUAAGGAAAACCAAGCAGGUGAGGGAAGGCCAAAUACCCGUUAAGAAACCAGUAACAGAGGAAGAAGCUGAAGAGUUCUUGAAAAAGAUGAAAUUGCCAGACUAUUCCAUUGUGGAGCAAUUAAGGAAAACCCCUGCUCAAAUCUCUUUGUUGUCUUUAUUAAUACACUCAGAUGAACACCGCAAAGCUUUGUUGAAGAUUUUGAAUGAAGCUCAUGUCCCUACUGAGAUUACAGUUAAUCAAUUGGAGAAAAUUGCUGGGAGGAUCUUUGAGGUAAAUAGAAUCACUUUCUCAGAUGAUGAACUACCCAUUGAAGUGAAAACUGACGCCAUCGGUGAGAUAGAUCUUGUGCUUACAAUAGGGCCUGCUGAUUUUACCAUAGAUUUUCAAGUAUUGAACAUCAAUGCCUCCUAUAAUAUGUUGUUGGGAAGACCGUGGGUACAUAUGGCUGGGGCAAUCCCAUCCACAUUGCAUCAGAUGAUCAAGUUUGAAUAUGAUAGGCAGGAAGUGAUCGUUCACGGUGAAGGGGAUUUGUCCAUUUAUAAAGACUCCACUGUUCCCUUUAUCGAAGUGGAUAAUGUUGAUGAAACACUGGUGUAUCAAGCUUCUGAGAUAGUGGUAGCUGAGCAGAUCCCUGAAGGGAAACCCAUUCUGAGACCGCAGUUGCCUCCAACAUCUGUUAUGGUGGUAAAUGAAAUGUUGAAAUAUGGUUUUGAUCCAGGAAAAGGCUUGAGGGCUUCUCUACAAGGUAUGGUUUAUCCGGUGUGUCCACGUGAGAGUCCAGGUCCAUUUGGUCUGGGGUUCAAACCAACAGCUGAAGAUAGAAAGAGGGUUAAAAAGCGAAAAAAAGAAGCAUGGUCACUUACUAAGCCUGUGCCACCAAUCUACAAGUCCUUCGUCAAGAAUACCAGCAGUUUUUCCCAGCCAGUACUGGAUGUGGAUUUUGGGUUGAUUGGGUGUUUCCAGAACUUGUUUGUUGAAGCUGAUAUGGUUGAAAUUGGAGGGGGUCCCAGUAACGCGGAUGUGCAGUUCAUUGGCCAUGAUGUCCAACUCAGCAAUUGGGAAGUCACUCCUCUCCCAACCAGGAAGGAGUUUUGUUCUGUUUGUGCUGGUUCUAAUGAUAUGACAUGCAUGCGGAAUUCUCAGCCAGAUCUUAAAAUCCGACCUAACCAUGAAACAAUGAACCAAGAAGUUGAAUAUGAUGAAGAAGAAGUAUUUCAGGAAAUAAAAUUAAUCCAGGCUUUGUUUAAAUAUAAGGAUGUUUUUGCAUGGUCUUAUGAUGAUAUGUCGGGUUUAAGUACUAAAUUGGUGGUUCACAAAUUGCCAACUGACCCCACAUUCCCUCCUGUGAAGCAGAAAUUAAGGAAACUAAAAUCAGACAUGAGUGUGAAGGUUAAAGAAGAAAUCGAAAAACAACUUGAGGCCAAAGUCAUCCGAGUCGCUCGAUACCCUACUUGGUUAUCCAAUGUUGUCCCCGUUCCGAAGAAGGAUGGCAAAACGCGUGUAUGUGUGGAUUAUCGUGAUCUAAACAAAGCAAGCCCGAAGGAUGACUUUCCAUUGCCCAAUAUCCAUAUUUUAUUAGACAACUGUGCUAAGCAUGAGAUUGCGUCUUUUGUAGAUUGCUACGCAGGGUAUCACCAGAUCGUUAUGGAUGAUGAUGAUGCAGAGAAGACAUCCUUCAUCACAGAAUGGGGUACAUAUUGUUAUCGAGUCAUGCUGUUCGGGUUGAAGAAUGCUGGGGCAACAUAUAUGAGAGCGAUGACCACCAUAUUUCACGAUAUGAUGCAUAAAGAAAUUGAAGUAUAUGUGGAUGAUGUGAUCAUUAAAUCAAGAAAGCAGUCUGACCAUGUCAAGGAUUUGGUGAAAUUUUUCGAAAGGCUUCGCAGGUACAAUCUUAAGCUCAAUCCAGCGAAAUGUAUAUUUGGAGUCCCGUCAGGGAAACUUUUGGGGUUUGUAGUCAGUCGGCGUGGUAUUGAAUUGGAUCCUGCAAAGAUCAAAGCUAUUCAGGAGUUACCACCGCCAAAGAACAAAACCGAGGUAAUGAGCCUACUUGGGAGGUUGAAUUACAUUAGUCGAUUUAUUGCUCAACUCACAACAACUUGCGAGCCCAUUUUUAAGUUGUUAAAGAAGAAUGCUGUGAUUGAAUGGACUGACGAAUGCCAAGAAGCGUUUGACAAAAUCAAGAGGUAUCUGUCGAAUCCACCUGUAUUGGUUCCUCCCGAGCCUGGGAGACCUUUAAUAUUAUACCUAUCAGUUCUGGACAAUUCCUUUGGUUGCGUAUUGGGUCAACAUGAUGUUACAGGCAAGAAGGAACAGGCAAUCUAUUAUCUCAGCAAGAAGUUUACUACUUAUGAGGCUAAGUACACUCAUCUAGAAAGGACGUGUUGCGCUUUGACUUGGGUUGCACAAAAAUUGAAACAUUAUCUUUCGUCCUACACUACUUAUCUUAUCUCCCGCUUGGACCCAUUGAAGUAUAUAUUUCAGAAACCCAUGCCCACGGGCAGGCUUGCAAAAUGGCAGAUAUUACUCACGGAGUUUGAUAUUUCGUAUGUGACUCGGACCGCGAUGAAAGCCCAAGCCUUGGCAGACCAUCUGGCGGAGAACCCAGUGGAUGAAGAAUAUGAGCCAUUGAAAACGCACUUUCCUGAUGAAGAAGUGUCAUGCCUCGAGGAGGUCAUUUUGGAUAACGAUCCGGGUUGGAAGUUAUUUUUUGAUGGGGCUCUUCGAUUUUAUUAUACCAACAACAUGGCGAAGUACGAAGCUUGCAUUUUGGGUUUAAGGUUAGCUAUUGACAUGGGGAUUCAAGAAUUAUUGGUAUUGGGGGAUUCAGACUUGCUAGUCCACCAAGUUCAAGGAGAGUGGGAAACCCGUGAUUUGAAGCUUAUACCAUAUCACCAGUGUUUGCAGGAUCUUUGCAGACGGUUCAUAACAGUAAAAUUUAAGCACAUUCCUAGGAUUCAUAAUGAGAUUGCUGAUGCUUUGGCCACCUUGUCUUCAAUGCUCCCGCACCCAGACAAGGCUCACAUUGACCCUUUACAUAUACAAACUCACAAUCAACAUGCUUAUUGCAAUACAGUUGAAGAGGAACUUGACGGUGAGCCUUGGUUCCAUGAUAUUAAAGAAUAUAUCGAGUCGGCGAAAUAUCCAGCACAUGCUACCAGUGACCAGAAGAGAGCUAUUCAACGAUUGGCAAGCGGAUUUUUCUUAAGUGGAGGAAUUUUGUAUAAAAAGACUCCAGAUUUAGGACUUUUGAGGUGUGUAGAUGCUAAAGAGGCUGCAACUAUCAUGACUGAGAUACAUUCAGGAGUUUGUGGACCGCACAUGAACGGGUAUGUUUUGGCAAAGAAAAUUCUUCGAGCAGGCUAUUACUGGCUCACCAUGGAGCGGGAUUCCAUCCGUUUCGUUCGUAGGUGUCAUCAGUGCCAGGUACAUGGCGACUUGAUACAUUCUCCUCCUUCAGAAUUACACACAAUGUCUGCUCCAUGGCCUUUCGCAGCUUGGGGGAUGGAUGUGAUCGGGCCAAUUGAGCCGAAAGUGUCCAAUGGGCAUAGGUUCAUUUUGGUGGCCAUCGAUUACUUUACAAAGUGGGUGGAAGCAGCAACUCUCAAGUCGGUGACUAAAAAAGCCGUGGUGGAUUUCGUUCAUUCCAACAUCAUUUGCAGGUUCGGGAUCCCGAGGACAAUGAUUUCAGAUAAUGCGGCGAAUCUCAACAGUCAUCUGAUGCGUGAGGUAUGUCAGCAGUUUAAGAUUACACAUCGGAAUUCAACUCCAUAUCGUCCGAAGGCAAAUGGGGCUGUGGAAGCUGCUAAUAAGAACAUUAAAAAGAUACUGCGCAAAAUGGUGCAAUGUUCGAGACAAUGGCAUGCAAAGUUGCCUUUUGCUUUAUUGGGUUAUCGCACAACUGUUCGCACUUCAGUUGGUGCAACUCCUUAUUUGUUGGUAUACGGGACCGAAGCGGUUAUACCUGCAGAAGUUGAAAUCCCAUCCCUUCGAAUCAUUGAGGAAGCUGGAAUUGAUGACAAUGAGUGGGUCAAAACCCGUUUAGAGCAAUUGAGUCUGAUUGACGAAAAGAGAUUAACAUUGGUAUGUCAUGGUCAACUGUAUCAAAGGAGGAUAGCACGAGCACACAACAAAAAGGUGCGCCACAAACAUUUUGAAGUGGGUCAAUUAGUGUUAAAGCGGAUUCUUCCACAUCAGGCCGAGGCCAAAGGCAAGUUCGCCCCAAAUUGGCAGGGGCCAUUCGUGGUGAAGAAGGUUUUGCCCAAGGGUGCUUUGUAUCUGACAGACAUAGAAGGCACAAUGUCUGAAACUGCCAUCAAUGCAGAUGCAGUGAAAAGAUAUUAUGUAUGA